GUGAAGAGGAAUGUUUCAGACCUGACAAACAUCCCAGUGCGACACCAACAAUGGGAGGGCUGGCCUGCUGCGGCAUCUGACGAUUCGGUAAGGAACAAAAACACACAAACAUAUCUCUCAGGCUUGGACUUGGGAACACCACUCCAUUUCCAUGUUGUCUUUGGCCCUUAUAGCUGCUGUUCACCAGCAGUCUUUCAUAAAUGAGGAAAAUACGUUACCCAUGUUUUCAUUACAGAAUAUAUUUUGAUUUAAGAAGGUUAAAGUUUAUUCCAUGAAGGCUUGACAAAAGCCUAUUGUGUUACAGUAUGUAGUGAAUCGCAAUUUGAGAGAAACUGUUCAAUGUUUUCAAUGCUGAAACCAUCUGUCCAGUCUAAAAGUAAGAUGUAGAAACUAAUUAAGAUGUCAAAGACCGUCCCCCCGUGUCCUUCUAUCUGUGGACAUUAAAGCUCACAUCAUUGAGUGUCACUGACCUCUCCCGCCCGGGGUCACGGUUCCCAGCCAUUCAGCGGAAUUUAGUCAAAGUGAUCAGAAGCGGUCCUCACACGGAGCCCUGAGGAACUCCGAACCCCCUCCUCUGCUUUUCUUUGAGCGCUUGUAUGUUCCCAUGCUAAUUGUAUGGAUGAUUAUGCAACUGGGCUGUUCUGUACACAUUCUGUUGGCCCUUCAACUUUUAUCUUUGCUGUUGUUGUUGUUUAAAGUAUUAGCUCUUAUUACAAUAUUUUGUGGCAUUCUCUUUACUACCCUGAACUGGGUUUUCUUGCAGUGAUCAUGAUUGAAAUCUACAAUGACAUUUCUAUUUUAGAUGUAGUAGUACAGGGUGUGGUCACCUGGUGAGAACCUGUUCUAUAAAUGUUUUGUGGUUCAGAUGGCAACCCUCUCUUUUCCCAUCUACAUUCAAAUAUUCACUUUGGCAAAUUGAAUUAACAAUCCCUGCAUCUUUUGUUGUUUUGAUUUUAAGGGGAGCUUUUACGACUCGCUUGGUUGCUCUCUUGUCAAAGCAAAUACGUACAUUGCAACCGUUUAUUUUCCUGAAAGGCUGAGACAAAAGGUUCUACUUCUUUUUUGUUGUGAAUUGUUUGCUCUUUGUGUGCCCUAAUGUAAAGCGCAGUGGCCAAAAGCAGCCUCUCAAACCACAAACUCUAUACAACACUGAUAUGGAUAUAUUUCCUUGCUAUCCAUCUCUUUCCUUAGACAGGCAAUCUAGCCAAGAGAUCAAGUCCAACCUGAAACCACAGUAAAGUGUACAAUAUCACUUCUCACCCACAGCCCUUUGAACCCACAAUAUUCCAGAAUAUGAGGUGGACUGCUUAUCAAUGAGUCUUGGCUCGACCAAAGCUCUAAGGUGGCUUGGGGAUUAAUAGAAAGUGGCUGUAGGUCAUAGCCAUGUGCCUGGCCAUAGCCUGGCUAAAGCGGCUUACUGCUCCCAUGUUUCCUGGGAGGAGAUAUUAAAAGCAUUGACUGCAAUAAUAGCCCUCUCCAGCCCAAACCCUUAUUGAAAUGACUUUGAGCAUUACAAAGAAAGCCCUUGCAUGCCAGUCUGGCUGUUCCAUUGCAUAUCUCAUUAACCCCGCCUCAUCUCCAGGGAUUUGUACCAAUAAACAUGGCAGUCCGGGUUUAAAAUUAAAUUUUCAAGGAGUCAGAAUCGAUGACUACUUAGCUCUGCUUUCAUUAUUCUCAGCCUUGUUUCAUUCAAUGCAUUCACUUAAUAUUUAGUAGGGGGAAAGUCAGAAUUCCCGUUUACAGUGUAAUCAUUUCACAGUUAUUCAAUUUAGAGAUCAAUAUUGUUCAAACCUAGACGUUUUAUAAUUAAAGACCCAAUUUAAGCGUUCUGGCCAUUCUGAUUGACAGGGCAAUCCUGCACCUGUGGGAGUGAUUGACAGACAGUGAGACAUCCUUAUUAGACUCUGCUUUUUUCUCUUCCGCCAUAAUUGCUGACAUUUAUCCAGUGUUUCAUGGUGUUUGCUAAUGUAUUAAUGCAGCCACUCUCUGAGGGCUCUGAGCCCGGCUCCUCGCCUUCCGGUUUUUUAAUGGAUUCUCUGGUUGACUGCCCCAUGCAGGCUUAUUGGGGCCUGCUGGUUGCCGUAGCGACAGGGCUCAGUGAUAAGCCGAGAAAGAGCCCCCUGUGUGAUUGCUGUCUUCAGGUAACAUUCACUGGAGGCAGACUCAUUGAGGAGGACCUAUGCUGUAUGGAGGAGAGACUGUGUAGGCUCAGCCUAUAUCCAUCUCCCUCUGAUGACCGAAUGCAUUUGCUAAUUUGAGGGCUUUAAUGCAGAAGUUCCCCACACCGCAUCUCUAGAAUGUUCCUCAUUAGCUUGGUCACUUCUUGGAUCCCCUGCUCUGUGAGCAUAGUAGUAAAACGCCCCGCUGUUGAUUUCAGCAGCAGACAGGCAUACCUUUCCCUUCAGCACUAUGACUCUAUGUGGAGAAACCGGUGAUCACAGUUGCCUGUGUGAACCUCAAACACUUGGUGCAAGACCCCUGAUCCUAAUCAGGAGUGACAUACUGUAUAUGCAGCAGGCAAGGAGGAACCUGAAAGGGACCAACAGGUGUUUAGGGUGGGGCUUCUUUCUUUUCUUCUCUUCUCCUCUGUCUUUAUUUUCUCUUUCUCAGGCUCUGUUGUCCCCCUUUAUCAAAGAGUUGUUGAACAAGGUGGUAUUGGGGCUCUGGGUACCGUCAGUGCAGCUGUCAGUGGUAAUUAUCUCACACUCACAGCCAGAGACCUAAUCCAAACACUGCCCAGACAAAAAAGAAACAGAAAGAGAAUGAGGGAGAGCGGGAAAGAGAGAGACGGCAAAGGGGGGCAGAGAGGGAGAAUUCUUUCCCUGCAUCGCUCCCCAAUGCUUAGAAGCUUCAAUGCAAGUGUUAAUUAAAAGAAUCCAAAAAAGAGGAGCUUGUUCUUUGUGUGGGGAUGGAGGAGAAGGUCAGUGGGGGGGGGGCUGUUAACCUCUCCCCUGUGCCCCGCGGCGUUCCACCACAAAGCCGGGAAGCUGCACUUGUCCCGCAGCAUCAGUGGAAGGCACAGGGUCAAAGCUUGGCUUGGAUGACCGCUAAACUCAAUUUUUCUUUUUUUCGGCACGUCAUCCCUCCCCUCAAGGUUCCCCAUUGACAAGGGAAGUGAUCAACUUUAUUUAUAUACAUAUUAGGGCCUUGGAGGAGGAAAACCUCUUAUUGUCAAGGGGGUCCACUCAGCAUCCAUUAAGAUUCUCACGUUUGAUUGUCCACUCGAUUGGAGAGGCGAGAGAAAAGAGCAAGGCAUUCCUUCACAUCUCAAAGGCCUCGUCUCUGUCCUGCUCAAUGGGUCAGCCUCUCAAACCCCUGUGUCGAUAAGUUUUUAACAGCACUUGGCUUUCUAUGGAGCACUGUUUGGAAAUGCUCUUUCAAACCAACAAAGUGUGGCAACCUGACUCAAUUUACAGUCAAGGAUAUUUCCAUCCAAUUCCAUUUGAUUUAAUAAGAUCAACUUGGCUAAUGAGAAAAUAUGAAUUGUACCAUUAUACAAUAAUACUAAACCCGCUAAACAAUUACUGUGGGCAGAUUUAUGUUACGUGAACAAUGUCAGGCAAUUCUGCUAAGUGUUCUUCCUAGGUUGUUCCAGUGUUCUUCAGCUAUGGCAGCCUAGGCUUGCCUCUUUUUUUCUUGAAAGUACAUUUGCUUUAAAUUAGUUGUGAAAGACAAUAAACACAAUCUGUCGUGUCCGUACGUGUGGGCCGUGGAACUCACGAGGCCACAUGGGAAGACCAUGACGAGAAGAUGGUAACAUGACUUCACAGACUCUGCUGUUGCCGCUACACGGCUUUCCUGCAUCUUCCCCUGGCUCUGUGCUGCACAGCAGGGAAAUAGCUAUGGGCCACGGCAGGAUAUUGCUCAUGCUUUAUUUGUCCAGGGAAUACUGUGUUUCUGGUGUUUUUCCUCAACUGUUGAGCAAGUGGGAAUUUGACUUACAAUGGUCAAGAUACAACCUUAUUUCUAGCACCAGAAGUAAUUAACAGUAGACUCAAAUGAGAAUGAUGGCUCUCUAUAUUUGGAUAUGUUCUGUUUUUAUCAGCCAGCGACAAGGACUAGCUGUUACGCUAUUCUCUGGCUGAAUCACUUUAAAAGAGACGUGGAAAACUCCAGCAGUCACUCUGCUUUUGAAACUCAAUUGCCGUAACAUGUAAUCGGGUCCUGAUUCAACAAUUACCAGCUGGUCUUUGUUGGCUAGAGCACCUGACAAUAGCAAAGAUUGCCACCCCCUGCUGUUGACGGCCAGGGACUUUCCCUUUUAUCUGACGGUGUGUCAAUCACGGCAUUAGGUUUAAACCUCCAGUUAAUGCCACUAUAGCACUUGUUUGCAAUGAACAUGAGGUUAUUUUCUCAAACGAUGAACCAGUAGGUAAAUUAAUUUUUACUGUUAUUUGAGCUGUAGUGGAUGACUUGGCUUGCUAAUGUUGAUUAUGAACGGACUAAAAUACAGUAUUGUUGAGUAGAGAUUAUUUCUGCUAGGUUUGACAAUAAUGAUUUUAUUCAUUAUAUUUUUAUAUUGUCAUUGGUGUUUUGCAGCUUGGCUUCAGUGGGCCAUGUAGGAUGCUGUGGUCAGGUUCAUAUCAUCUGCCCCUAGACUGUCAUACUUGAAAUGAAAGAAUGAAAUUCUUUUAACACAUGCAGUACUGAUUAACACUGAGAUUAUCCCUUACACUCUCAGGGAGAGCAGGUUAGUGAGUAGCACAGGUAGAAAGAUGGGUGCUUGGGCCCCAUCACUUUCCAUGGCCCCUGCCUCUACCUUUACCCUGUCCCUUGGGGUUCAGCCAUAUAAACAGUCUUUAAUGAGUCCCUCCAGUGCUGCGGUUGGUGACAUUUCCAGACAUUUCUAGAAGGUUGUCCAUAAACCAUGGAUGUACAUUUCUUCUGGGUUUCCUCAUAACAGGCUGGAUAAAUAUUGCUUUGUUCUAAUCCUAUCAGGAAAUCUGAAUGGUUUAUCUGUGAAUGCUGAACUUAUAUAUAUUUCUGCCUUUACGCCUCCUUAUAGAUAUGUUUAUUUUACCCUUCUAAGGUUAAAAGAGGAAGUUAAUGCAUAGAAAGUUUAUUCCGAUUUUAUUGUAUUGUUUUUCUGUCCCUAGAUGACACUAGCUGCCUCUGGAAUCAGCUACCCCUGCCAUCACCUCAGUGUGUGUCGAAGGUCCUCACCAGCCAAUAACCAGGAGCCCACAGAAGAGGUAGAGCAACACACGCAACACACACAAUACAUUUGGCCUUGUUUUACAUUUUUCAUUGUGUUUGAUAGGUCAACAAUACUGAAGUGAAUAUGUUUGAACAGUGCGCAGAUGUCCACAUGGUAAGCGACAGUGAGGGGGAUGACUUUGAGGAUGCGUCUGAAUUUGGUGUGGACGAAUCAGAGAUGUUCGGUAUGGGGUCUUCUACAGGCUGUCGGAAAGCCCCCUUGAGUACGUACCUCACUUUUAGCAUGAUGCUACCACUCGAUUCAAAAAGGUUGAUUAGGUAUUUAAUUGUUAUCAAUCUGUUAUCAAGCUAAUACAUUUUUCUCUCCAGUGCCAGAGAAUAGUGAGAAUGAAAGUGAUGCCUUACUGCACUUUACUGCUGAAUUUUCAACAAGGUACGUUUUUAGUAUUGUUUUAUCGUUGCAGUCGAAGGGGCCUGUGCUUCUCAAAUUAUGUGUAUCUGAUGUGGAAGAUCCAUGCAUUCUUUUUUACGGAUCUAUCUCCUUUUUGUGUGUGUUGCAGGUAUGGAGAAUGUCAUCCAGUGUUCUUCAUUGGGACUUUGGAGGCAGCAUCUCAAGAGGCCUUCUAUGGCAAAGCCAGAGAUGUAAGUAACAGUGGAAGAGCUGGUCUCAGUAGUAUAAUUGACAGGUUAACAGGACAUGAUACUACAGUGCCUUCAGAAGGUAUUCAUACCCCUUGACUUAUUCCACAUUUUGUUGUUACAGCCUGAAUUCAAAAUGGAUUAAAUAUACUUUUUUUCUCACCCAUCUACACACAAUACCCCAUAAUAAAAGUGAAAACAUGUUUUUAGACAUUUUUGCAAAUUUAUUGAAAAUGAAAUACAGAAAUAUUCAUUUACAUAAAUAUUCACACCCCUGAGUCAAUACUUUGCAGAAGCACCUUUUGGUGGCGAUUACAGCUUUGAGUCGUCUUUUGGUGUGUCUGUAUCAGCUUUGGACAUCUGGAUUUGGGGAUUUUCUCCCAUUCUUCCUUGCAGAUUUUCUCAAAUUCUGUUAAGUUAGAUGGUGAGUGGCGGUGAACAGCAGUCUUCAAGUCUUCCCACAGAUUUUCAGUGGGAUUCAAGUCUGGGCUUUGGCUGGGACACUCAAGGACUUUCACAUCCUUGUUCUGAAGCCAUUCCAUCGCUGUUUGGGCUGUAUGCUUGGGGUCAUUGUCCUGUUGAAACGUAAAUCUUCGCCCCAGUCUAAGGUGGUUUGCACUCUGAAGCAGGUUCUCAUCAAGGAUUUGCCUGUAUUUGGCUCCAUUCAUUGUUCCGUCUAUCUUUACCAGUCUCGCGGUCUCUGCCGCUGAAAAGCAUCCCCAUAGCAUGAUGCUGCCACCACCAUGCUUCACGGUAGGGAUGUUGUUAGACGGGUGAUGAGCUGUGCCUGGUUUUCUCCAGACAGCGCUUUGCGUUCAGGCCAAAGAGUUCAGUUUGUCUCAUCAGACCACAAAAUCUUUUGAUCUUAUGAUCUGAGUCUAUCAUGUGCAUUUUUGCAAACUCCAGGCGUGCUGUCAUGUGCCUUUUUCUCAGGAGUGGCUUCCAUCUGGCCACUCUCCCAUAAAGCCCAGAUUGGUGAAGUGCUGUAGAGGUUCUCCCAUCUCAGCCAAGGAACGCUGUAGUUCUGUCAGAGUGGUCAUUGGGUUCUUGGUCACCUCCCUGACCAAGGUCCUUCUUGCCCGGUUGCUCAGUUUGGUCGGACGGCCAGCUCUAGGCAGAGUCUGGGUAUUCCAUAUUUGUUUUUUAGUUUUUCACAAUGAUGGGGACCACUUUCAACACUAUAGAAAUUGAAUAAAUAUACCGUUCCCCAGAUAAUAUGGCAUAUUAAUAAUAAUAUUAAUUAAUAUACAGUACCAGUCAAAAGUUUGGACGCACCUACUCAUUCAAAGGUUUUUCUUUAUUUUUAGAAAAAUAAAGUAGAAGAAUAAAAUAAAAUGAUUGUAGAAUAAUAGUGAAGAUAUCAAAACUACGAAAUAACACAUAUGGAAUCAUGUAGUAACCAAAAAAAGUAUUAAACAAAUCAAAAUAUAUUUUAUAUUUGAGAUUCUUCAAAGUAGCCACCAUUUGCCUUGAUGACAGCUUUGCACACGCUUGGCAUUCUCUCAACCAGCUUCAUGAGGUAGUCACCUGGAAUCCAUUUCAAUUAACAGGUGUGCCUUGUUAAAGGUUAAUUUGUGGAAUUUCUUUCCUUCUUAAUGCGUUUGAGCCAAUCAGUUAUGUUGUGACAAGGUAGGGGUGAUAUACAGAAUAUAGCCCUAUUUGGUAAAAGACCAAGUCCAUAUUAUGGCAUGAACAGCUCAAAUAAGCAAAGAGAAACGACAGUCCAUCAUUACUUUAAGACAAUCCAGAAUAUUUCAAAAACUUUGAAAGUUUCUUCAAGUGCAGUCGCAAAAACCAUCAAGUGAUAUGAUGAAACUGGCUCUAAUGAGGACCGCCACAGGAAAGGAAGACCCAGAGUUACCUCUGCUGCAGAGGAUGAGUUCAUUAGUUACCAGCCUCAGAAAUUGCAGCCCAAAUAAAUGCUUCACAGAGUUCAAGUAACAGACACCUGUUCAGAGGCGACUGCGUAAAUCAGGACUUCAUGGUCGAAUUGCUGCAAAGAAACCACUACUAAAGGACACCAAUAAUAACAAGAGACUUGCUUGGACCAAGAAACAUGAGCAAUUUACGUUAAACCGGUGGAAAUCUGUCCUUUGGUCUGAUGAGUCCAAAUUUGAGAUUUUUGGUUCCAACCGCCGUGUCUUUGUGAUACGCAGAGUAGGUGAACGGAUGAUCUCCGCAUGUGUGGUUCCCACCGUGAAGCAUGGAGGAGGUGGUGUGGGGGUGCUUUGCUGGUGACACUGUCUGUGAUUUAUUUAGAAUUCAAGGCACACUUAACCAGCAUGGCUACCACAGCAUUCUGCAGCGAUAUGCCAUCCCAUCUGGUUUGCGCUUAGUGGGACUAUCAUUUGUUUUUCAGCAGGACAAAGACCCAACACACCUCCAGGCUGUGUAAGGGCUAUUUUACCAAGAAGGAGCGUAAUGGAGUGCUGUAUCAGAUGACCUGGCCUCCACAAUCCCCCGACCUCAACCCAAUUGAGAUGGUUUGGGAUGAGUUGGACGGCAGAGUGAAGGAAAAGCAGCCAACAAGUGCUCAUGAAGCAUUCCUCAUGAAGCUGGUUGAGAGAAUGCCAAGAGUGUGCAAAGCUGUCAUCAAGGCAAAGGGUGGCUAUUUGAAGAAUCUCAAAUAUAUUUUGAUUUGUUUAACACUUUUUUGGUUACUAUAUGAUUCCAUAUAUGUUAUUUCAUAGUUUUGAUGUCUUCACUAUUAUUCUACAAUGUAGAAAAUAGUACAAAUAAAGAAAAACCCUUGAAUGAGUAGGUGUGUCCAAACUUUUGACUGGUACAGUAUGCCUCAUCACAAUUCUAUCUCGGAGAUCUACAGACAGUUCCUUGGACUUCAUAGUAUGGUUUCUGCUCUGAAAUGCACUGACAACUGUGGGACCUUAUAUAAACUGGUGUUUCUUUCUAAAUCAUGUCCAAACAAUUGAAUUGGCCACAGGUGGACUCCAAUCAAGUUGUAGUGACAUCUCAAGGACGAUCAAGGAAAUUGGAUGCACCUGUGCACAAUUUGGAGUGUCAUAGCAAAGGGGUGUGAAUACUUAUGUAAUUGAUAUAUUUCUGUAUUUCAUUUUCAAGAAAUGUACUAACAUUUCUAAAAACAUGUUUUCACUUUGUCUUUAAAAUGUUAUCAAUUUUGAAUUCGGGCUGUAACACAAAAGUAAUUCAAUUCUUUUUGAAGGCCGAUAUUUUACAUUUACAUUAUUUAGCAGACGCUCUUAUCCAGAGCGACUUACAGUUAGUGAAUACAUAUAUUUUUUAAAAUAUAUACUGGCCCCCCGUGGGAAUCGAACCCACAACCCUGGCGUUGCAAACGCCAUGCUCUAUCAACUGAGCUACAUCCCUGCCGGCCAUUUCCUUCCCUAACCUGGACGACGCUGGGCCAAUUGUGCGCCGCCCAUGAGUCUCCCGGUCGCGGCCGGCUGCGACAGAGCCUGGAUUCGAACCAGGAUCUCUAGUGGCACAGUUAGCACUGCGAUGCAGUGCCUUAGACCACUGCGCCACUCAGGAGCUUGUUUUUUUAUUUUUAUUUAUUAUUUUUGACAUAAAGUUGGAGUGCUUGUUCAAAAAGAGCCACCAUUUGAUAAACCUCAUUACAUUUUCAUAAUGACAGCUGACGCUUUAUUUUUAGCCCACAAUUUUUCUUCAUUUUUCUGCUUUGUCCUUUUAAGGAGGGUUGUAUCAACUGACAGCUUGUGUGGAUUACUGUCUUAUUAGAAUGGGAGAACACAGCAAGAUGUUUGGGGGGUUUUAGACCAUGAGCCAGAGGCUCGGCUUGCCUCCCAGCUGAUAUCGUCUUCCCUAAGCCAGCGCAAUAUGGCCCCCUCUCCGUGGAUCUCACUGUGGUGCAGCCGGAGACUGUAUAUUGUGUCAAUGAAAAUAAACCAAUAUGAAGGGAUACAUGCAGCUGACCCCCUACUCUCUCUCUGUAGCCCUGGAGGAGAUGAGACUGGAGAAACACACACAUAUCUGACUCUCACUGAUGUGACCAUUAGGUGUCAACUAUACUGAAACACCUCUCCCCAACCAGCACCACCUCCCUCUUGAAGAAAUUGGUUUAAAUCUCUCUGUUCUUCUUGUCAUCGCAACUAGCUGUUCAUUUAGUGGAUAUUGGUAUGGUGCAGGUUUCAGGGGAAGGAGGGACCGGGGAGAGAUUUUGCAGAGGAAUCUGUCUCACUCAAUGUCUGACGGGCUAAUCACUAAGUAAAACACUACAUUUGAUGAAGCGUUUCUGGAGGGGGAGAUGCGCCUCAAUCCGUCCUUAAUGAAAAUGCUUUGGCCCCCUGAGCCCUCCAGGGGAUCAGCAGUGAGGCCCUUCAGACAGGCCACCCAUCACUGCCAAGGCUCCCCUCAAAUCCCCUUAACGGUGCGGUUAAUCGGAGUAACCCUGCUCUCACUCACACAAAGACACACAUCAAAAUUCAUAGCAGUGCCGGGGUGAGGUUUUUAUCACACUCGAGUAUCCGCUUAAAUCCCCCGUAGUUUAGCAAAAGAGCAAUGAGAGGGAGAGAGGAGAAAUCGAUACCACGGGUAGGGAAAUGGAUAAACACAUUUUCAUCCAUCCCUCCCUGCUCUGGUGAAAGUGAUCUAAUUUUGAUGUCUUCAUAUUUGUAUUUGUUUCUACUAGAACAGUUCCAGUCAGGUGAACUGAAGCCCAGCUGAAUAUUUUGACUAUUUAUUAUAGUUUCAUGUGUAUAAAGACUGAGGUUUAUUAUUUAAAGGUGCAAUAUGUAUAAAUCACUCUGUCAUUUCCUGGUUGCUAAAAUUCUAAUAGUUUGUCUAAUUUCAGCUUAUGUGACAAAACAAUGUAUAGUGUAGAGAAUCAUUGUACCAUCUAAACCGCUGUCAAAUAUCUUUUUAAUAACCAAAAAUAUUGUAUUUUCAGCUGUUUGAAGCUGGUGUACAAAACCGAAAGUAAUCUACCACUUCUUAGACUCACUUUCAAUGAGAAUGACAUAUCUAUAACUCACAUUUCUAUGUGAAUUUGGUCGGGUCGCCCAAAAAGUUACAUAUUGCAGCUUUAAAUUCAAUUUGACAAUUGUAUGCUAUUGUUUUGUAUUCACUACAUUUUUUGACUAGUUAUGGCACCUAAAAUAAACUACAUCAGAACUGGUUACUAUUAAUAUAAAAUGUGUUUUCAGUCGGUUCAAUCAUGUGCCUACCAUCUGUUAAAGCAUUGAUCCGAAUGUGUGUUCUCAGUGUGUGGGGCAAGGGAGCAGUAAUUUGAGGUCUUCAUUUUAAAGUGUUUGCUUUUCUUCGGGCUGCUGUGGAUGAUCACUUUCACCCGGCUUCUCUGCUCCCCAACACUGGCUAUAAUUAAAAACGUUCUCCCACAACACAAAUACAUAAACUGAAUGAGACUAAUGAAAAUGGAUGGCUGGUACAAAUGACAUAUGGUAGUGUGUUUAUCAGGGGCCACAGUUAUCAAGCAGGUGUAUUUUCACAUUGUCCUCUAAUAACCCGUACUAUAGAAACUCUUUUGUAGAACAAAACAAAUGCCUGUUUUUUUCACUGGUGUCGUGUUGCAUUAUCAUAACAAUCCAUGUCUGGGUGGUGUGGUUAAAGAUGAGUUGGGUUCUACAUUUUAGAAUCUUUGCGAGUCGUUUUAUUCUGACUGGUCUACUGCAUCUGUCAGUUGUCACUAUUCAUCCCCCAGUGGCGCACCUGUGUAGGAGAAUUCCUGCUCAUGUUGCAGAUAAUCAUAUGGUCCAGGCUGGACACAAAGACCAUUCGGAUGUGAGCUGAGCCCAUUCUGCUUCCCCAGCUCCUGGCCAACGGCUACCUGGUUCACAUGGCUCUAGUCUACACUAGGAGAGGGACAGACUGAGUGACUGAGAAGUGAACACUGACAAGGUGCUGUGUGAAAAUCACUACAGUCUGGCUCACAGAACGGAUCAGUUUUCUCUAGUUUCUUUACUCUCUCCUCCUCCCCUCUGUAUGGUGAACAGGUGGGAGGAUUCACACCAGAAAGAGGGCCUUUUGGGUCACUUUCUAGCCCAGGUUGAACCUAGUAAUUUGGUUUUACAGGUGAUUUGUCCCUGCUUAGAAAAGCAUUACAAAAGAUGAAACGUGAAAGAGAAGGAAAGACCGUUUAAGUAAAAUGAGGGAGUUGGUGAUUGGUUAUUAUUAUAGGAGAGGGCUUGUUUCCUCUCUUUACAAAAUGUAUGUUUUUGAACCUACUGUUUAUGAAAAUGUCCUUUGGAGACUUAACACAAGUUGCAGAAGAACGAGUGUGUGUGCGUAUUUGUGCGAAUACGUGCAUGUAUGUAUAAGAUAAUGAGCGCGAGGGUGUGUUCUUGUGUCUCAUUUAAUCUUUUUUGAGAAAAAAACCCUCUCCUCUCAAGACUGCAUUUGCUUGUCUUCUCAGCAUGAGUGUUUAAUCUUUUCAGGGCGUUCAAUUGGGCCACUGAAUGAGCCCCAAGCUCCUUCCCGCUAGGAACUGAGGAGCUUAUUCUAAACCUCUAAUCGCUGAGCAAACACAGCAGUGUUCUCCCACUCCUUUUCUACACAGGCCACAAUAUAGCACAACUUUCUUUUAAUGUUCCCUCACUUUUCUGCCCGUACUUAUUUUGCUUUUGGUAUGUAGCUACAGCUCCUGAGAAAUCACACCCUUGAGUGUUGUAAUGAACAUAGGGGGUCAGAAAGAAAUUUGCGAGAAUGUUAUGUAAUUUAGAGGGCUUUAGUUCCUACACCGUCCAAGAGAACCUUUUAUGUUUGUGGGUGUGUUUGUUUUUUAUUAGUUGUCAGUGAGUCCUGAGAAUCUGUCACUCAUAUGAUGAUGUCAAUAUCCUUGGAUUUUAGAGCUUCAUCAAUAUUGCCCGCCCCUGCUGCUAACCUGAGCAGGCAGGAGAAGGCCAAUGGCAUUUGGUGUAAAAUAAAUUAAGUGAUUUGUCUGUUUUGUUUUCUCAUUGGCCGCCUCAAAGGAAGUUUUAUUUACUCCCUGUUCAAUUGAUUUUGUGUGUUUGCUAUUCACUGGUUUGGCCUUGCUGUCGGUGAAAGCAAUCGCUUUACUUGCGGUCUCCUGUCGAGCGACGCGUGAAAGCUGUAUAAAACCUCUCCCUUCAAUGAUUAAAUUCUGAGCAAGGACCAGACUCUGAGCAAGGACACUUUUCUCACCCUGUUUUUCAGGGUCUGGCUGGUCAUUAAGUCAUUAGCUUCCCAAUCCUCACACCUCUGCUAAUGAAAAAACCUCUCUGCUGUCCAUUUCCACAGAGAAAACUGCUGGCCAUCUACCUCCACAAUGACGAGAGUGUGCUCAGCAACGUCUUCUGCUCCCAGAUGAUGUGUGCAGACUCCAUAGUGGCCUAUCUGAGCCAGAACUUCAUCACAUGGGCAUGGGACGUCACUAAAGAAGCUAACAAAGCCAGGUAUGUAUGAGUACUCUAUGCCCUCAUCACGUCUCAGGAAUCUACCACUGUAGCCCUGAAAACAGAAUGAAUAUCAGAGAUUGUCUGACAAGUGGAUGACAUCUUAAUAGCUGAGAUUCAGCCCCCGUCCCCUGCUCCGCACCACACUUUCUCUUUAACUCAAGCCCCUCUUCAUCGGGGAGGGGAGGGGGAUGUGUGCUAACAAAAGCAGUUGUGUUUGCAGUAUGAGGCCCCAAUUGGGCAAUCUUCACUAAUCUGCCUCAAUGGAGGGUCAGUUAGAAAUGAAGCUCCCAUGAAGUCUGCCUUGCCUGGGAGAACAUCUCUAUUUCCCCAAGGCUGAGGGAGCUCAUGGCAUCCUUAUCAACCCAACUUCAUCUUUCCGCCAUAACAAUUCACAACAGUUAGUUUCCAAUUCACAGCUAAUUCCAUUAUUUCCACCAAUAUUCUGCCUGUCCCAGUAUGUGACUCCCUGCACUAGCAAUACCCAACUACGCUCUCAAGCCUUCAACUCCUGACCCCAAAGCCAGGCUUUCCCCUCCCUGGCCAUGCUCUCCUCCCCUAGCCAAGGGCAAGAAUGGGGCAGUGGCCCAGGUGUGAUUUGUCUGCUGUGGGGAGCAUGGAGGAGGAGAGAGGGCCAGUAACCAGAUGGAGGUUUGAUUGGAGCCCAGCAGCAGCCUCUUGCUCCGGGGCAGGCCCCAGCUUUUCCUUCCACUAGACUUCAGGGCUAAGCCCACCCCCUGGUAGGAGGCGUUUAAGAAAGACUGGGGGGAGAGGCUCAGACACUGACCUUCCCUCAUUCCGCACCCUUUCUCCCUUUUGGUUCUUGCUUUUUCCCCCAGCUGAGCCUUUUUAUUGCAGAUUAAAGGCAGGCAACAUCUGGAGCUUUUCAUAAUGUGCACUGCUACUUGCUCGAACGCACGUACGUACACACACACGUUUUUCCCACAUUCUCACGCUCUUAGGUUGAUCCUGAGUGACUGGUGAUUGGCAUGAGUCACAGUGGCUAUUAAGAAGGUAUUCUACGAGUCACAGUGGCUAUUAAGAAGGUAUUCUACGAGUCACAGGGGCUUUUAAGAAGGUAUUCUAACUCAUAGGGCCUCAUAGCGGUUCCUCUUUAGUUAAGUGAAUAAUUAUGCAUAAAACCAUACCUGUUGAAUACGUCAAAAUGUAAUUGUUGCCCAUGGGAAAAUGGAUCUGAAAUACUACAGACACUGAAUCUCAUGCACAGCAAAUAUUUAACUUAUCUAUGAAUAAAUAUACUCUACAUCUUUCAGAUAGUUGUUAGCUUUUGAUUCCAUGCUUUUGCGUUUGACUACCCACUUUCAUACCACGUCUCAUCUAUUUUAAUUUAUCAUACGGUGCUGUACCGAUCAAGAAUGGUAUUGAACUCCUCAUAAUUGAACACAUUACCAGUGAAAGGGUGUCAUGCACUCAUCUGACUUGUUCAGAAGCACUGUGUAUUCAAAACAUGUCUGCACAGAAACGAUCUGUGUUUUCUGUGAGUAGCAUCCGGUUCCUAUUCCACGUGAUUGACUAAAGCACACCUGAGAGUUUGUUGUAUGCUCACUGGAGUGUAUGUAAGGUUGCAGCAGUCUCUCAACAUCUCAUGCAUGACUUUGAUGUAAAGAAGUGAACCUGACAGUCCAGGGAAACAUUAACACUUUGCCGUGUGGAGAGGAAGAGAGUGAGCUGAAUUAGAAGCUGUCACUCUCAUUACCAAACCAACCAUGGCCUGAUAUUCAAGCACCAGGUGUUUCCAGUAGUUAGAAAAAAAUAACUCCCUUAAGGAUGUUGUGAGAAGCAAAGCUAUACAUUCUUUAAGAUAUGUUAUGGCUGAAAGAGACUGCAAUGAACCGCCCACCUUAUUCCUUGGUUAAAUUUUUACUUCCUGCGCUUCAGCGACACGAUUUUCACCCUUCAUUUGUGAUGCUGUGUCAGUACUUGUUAUUGUGCACCAUAUACAGGUUGAUGUUUAUUGUCAUGAAUCUUGCCCUGGAGGCAGAACUGAGUGAUUUCCGCUAGAUGGGCCAGCUGCAAAGUCAAAAUUGUCUGUAUCGUAAAAAUUUGUGCAAACAAAAAUUAGAUACAGUGGGGAAAAAAAGUAUUUAGUCAGCCACCAAUUGUGCAAGUUCUCCCACUUAAAAAGAUGAGAAAGGCCUGUAAUUUUCAUCAUAGGUACACGUCAACUAUGACAGACAAAUUGAGAGAAAGAAAUCCUGAAAAUCACAUUGUAGGAUUUUUAAUGAAUUUAUUUGCAAAUUAUGGUGGAAAAUAAGUAUUUGGUCACCUACAAACAAGCAAGAUUUCUGGCUCUCACAGACCUGUAACUUCUUCUUUAAGAGGCUCCUCUGUCCUCCACUCGUUACCUGUAUUAAUGGCACCUGUUUGAACUUGUUAUCAGUAUAGAAGACACCUGUCCACACCCUCAAACAGUCACACUCCAAACUCCACUAUGGCCAAGACCAAAGAGCUGUCAAAGGACACCAGAAACAAAAUUGUAGACCUGCACCAGGCUGGGAAGACUGAAUCUGCAAUAGGUAAGCAGCUUGGUUUGAAGAAAUCAACUUUGGAGCAAUUAUUAGGAAAUGGAAGACAUACAAGACCACUGAUAAUCUCCCUCGAUCUGGGGCUCCACGCAAGAUCUCACCCCGUGGGGUCAAAAUGAUCACAAGAACGGUGAGCAAAAAUCCCAGAACCACACGGGGGGACCUAGUGAAUGACCUGCAGAGAGCUGGGACCAAAGUAACAAAGCCUACCAUUAGUAACACACUACGCCGCCAGGGACUCAAAUCCUGCAGUGCAAGACGUGUCCCCCUGCUUAAGCCAGUACAUGUCCAGGCCCGUCUGAUGUUUGCUAGAGUGCAUUUGGAUGAUCCAGAAGAGGAUUGGGAGAAUGUCAUAUGGUCAGAUGAAACCAAAAUAUAACUUUUAGGUAAAAACUCAACUCGUCGUGUUUGGAGGACAAAGAAUGCUGAGUUGCAUCCAAAGAACACCAUACCUACUGUGAAGCAUGGGGGUGGAAACAUCAUGCUUUGGGGCAGUUUUUCUGCAAAGGGACCAGGACGACUGAUCCGUGUAAAGGAAAGAAUGAAUGGGGCCAUGUAUCGUGAGAUUUUGAGUGAAAACCUCCUUCCAUCAGCAAGGGCAUUGAAGAUGAAACGUGGCUGGGUCUUUCAGCAUGACAAUGAUCCCAAACACACUGCCCGGGCAACGAAGGAGUGGCUUCGUAGGAAGCAUUUCAAGGUCCUGGAGUGGCCUAGCCAGUCUCCAGAUCUCAACCCCAUAGAAAAUCUUUGGAGGGAGUUGAAAGUCUGUGUUGCCCAGCGACAGCCCCAAAACAUCACUGCUCUAGAGGAGAUCUGCAUGGAGGAAUGGGCUCAAAAUACCAGCAACAGUGUGUGAAAACCUUGUGAAGACUUACAGAAAACGUUUGACCUGUGUCAUUGCCAACAAAGGGUAUAUAACAAAGUAUUGAGAAACUUUUGUUAUUGACCAAAUACUUAUUCUCCACCAUAAUUUGCAAAUAAAUUCAUAAAAAAUCCUACAAUGUGAUUUUCUGGAUUUUUUUUUCUCAUUUUGUCUGUCAUAGUUGACGUGUACCUAUGAUGAAAAUUACAGGCCUCUCUCAUCUUUUUCAAUGGGAGAACUUGCACAAUUGGUGGCUGACUAAAUACUUUUUUUCCCCACUGUAUUUGGUCUUAAUUUAAGGUUAGUGUUAGGCAUUAGGGUUACUGUAGCAAUGUGGUUAGGGUUAGGUUCAAAACCAGAUUGUAUGACUUUGUAGCUGUGCCAGCUAGUGACCACUCUGCGGAGCUGCCUCCAGUACGAGUCAUCCCAAUAAAUGCCGACCUGCGCGUCAUAUGUAGAAACAUUUCUGCUCUUUAGGGUUACUCCUGAGUUAGUAAAAAGAUUAAGCAGAAGGCUAUGUAUGGUAGGUGUAAGAGAAAGCUGUAUUGUGUUGGCUUGGCUGAUUUACGUAGUUGGUUCCUUGAAACAGUGUUUCAAUGUGUUGGGUUGACUCCUAAGGGACAGGGCUUGGACAUCAUCUUAACCUCACUGUGUCAUGGGGAGAACCCCUCCUUAACCACAGCAGAAUGGACAAAAGACUGGUCAGCCACAUUGUCAGAAUCCGUGAUCAACUACAUGAGCUAUUUGGUGUUGAUUUUGGGUAAGUGUAAUGUUGGGUUUAAGGAUUGUGGUUGAUAUUACCUUGUUUCUCCUGGAAUGCUGAUGGAGAUUGGUGCUCAUGCUUCCCAUGGUUAAGCAUUGAGUUGACGCUGUUCCAUCUCAUAGUUUGAAAAGUAAUGCAACUAGCACUCUCAACUUUGAAUUCAUGAUUAAUGAGUAGCUGCCCCGCCCAGACCAAUCACUCCAUCCCUCUCCCCUCUGACCUCAUCCUCCACCCAUUUCAUUACUCCUCUAUUUUACCAGCCAGUUAUUAAAGUGGAUCUUAUUAAAAGGCGAGCAAAAAAGCUAAUCUAUAUUUGCAUUGUCUAUAGCAAUUCAUUAAUAUUAUGACAUUUACAGUGAGCUCUGAGGGCCUGCCUGCUACCCUUUUCCUUCUAGUGAAAUGUUAAUUUAAAGUUCUGUCUUUGUAAUGGAAUAAGAAAUCCUCUCUGCCCUAUCAAUUCAUCACAUGCGGUGGGGAAUACUAAUUUGUCUACCAGGCCUAUUUAGACAGGGACGUUUCCUGGAAGAAAAGGCAGAAUUGGUUUUAAAGUCCUUAAUGCUAUGAGCUGUGUACCUCUCAAGUGCUGUUCAUGUGAAAAAUGUCCGUCCUGUCUUUUCCUUUCCCAGACUACUCACCAUUUGCACGAGGCAUUUUGGCAGUGUGGUGGCACAGACGAUUCGGACGUACAAGACUGAUCAGUUCCCCCUGCUCCUUAUUGUCAUGGGAAAGAGGACUUCAAAUGAAGUUUUAAAUGUUAUUCAAGGUAAAGACUCAACAAUAUCGAUGGGUUGAAUAUUUGUAAUGUUCUGGUUAAAAGGAGGGGUUUAUAAAGCUAUAGUUAACUAUAGCUAUAAUUUAGCCAUUUACUGUGUCAUCCUUCUAUAAUGAUAAAAUAAUAAAGUAUUUGUUUCAAUGGGGGCAAAAAAUCCCAAAAAGUAUUUUCUCAUUUCUUAUGUCUUGUUUUAUAUUAUUCUUUGAAGGCAACACGACAGUGGAUGAGUUGAUGAUGAGGCUAAUGGGUGCGAUGGAAAUCUUCACAGCUCAGCAACAAGAGGACAUCAAGGAUGAGGUACAGAUGAGAGGAACUCUGAAAGCACACAGAGGAACAGAGUCUUUAAGGGGGAGUAGAUGUUUGAAAUGUAAGCCAUGAUUAGGCCAUGGCCACUGAAAUAUACCGUGAUUUGUUUAAUCACAGGAGGCCAAGAGGGAGCCAAUUAUUGUGCCAUUUCAGCCGUUCUCAUAGAAUUAUGCCAUAGUUUGUCUGGGAGCUAAAUGGGGACAUGCGGAGACAAAUCGGAAUGCAUUGUGACUACCACCAGCUCCACUUAGGGCCAAGGCUAGGAACAUACAUCUGAGAGGCCCUUUGUCUGGGGCAGGGGGGCGAAUCACAAUUAAUUUCCCUCCCAUUUUGUUUUAGUUUACUGUACCUAAGGUCUUCACAAUGGGAGCAGGAUACAAACUGUUCUCUUUUUCACUCUUCUCUGUCUAUUGCCACUUUAAUCCAAUAGAAACUCGACAAAUUCCAAGCUCCACUCUGAGAAGAAAGCAGUGAAACAGAGUAGGUAUUCGUUCAUGUGAGGACAGGAAUCUGGGGACAGUAUGGCAGGGGUCCCUCUGUGUCAGACAUUUACCUGACCUCAUGAACGCUGUCUUUUAUGUGUCGAAAUGGAUGGAUUUAACCAUUGUCCCUCUUUAGCAGGUAUUUACUCAACAUCAAAUAAACAAAGAACGGCAUUCUAGUUUUGUCUGACCCUUUAAACAGGUAGUCCCCCUCAGCUGACUACACUAGACCAUGUUGUCUCAGGCAUACAGUUCUUGUUGUUAGUGAAUACAGAUGACUCCAUGCCAUGUUUCUUUGUACUGUUUAAACCUCUCAUUAAUCAGCAGUCUGGAAGAGAUUAAGUGGGAAGACGACGUGUCAUCAGGCUCAGACCAAUGUGCUCAAUACUUAGCGUCAACUUGUCAGUGGGAGAUGACUGACUACCAGGACACAUUCUCUCUCACCGACUUAUCUUUAGACCUUUCACUCUUGUUGAUGGGAUAGACAUUUAAAGAAAGUAAUAGUCACAAAGUGGUUACUGUCUCUGAGAUGAAAGGCAUCUGCAGCAGCGUGUUUUAGUAGAUUAAAACCUGAGAUAGUCUCAUGUUCCUCAGCACUAGGCCUUGGUGGUUGCCUGUCUUUCUCAAAGUUGCGUGAUAUGAGGAAUGUGUUAGUUAGGCUCCAACUGUGUUAUCGUAACAAUACUAGUUUAGUGACCUUUCAGUGGUUGAUUAGUUUAGUUACAGCAUGUCGUCAUGGGAAUUGUGAGACAUUUAGUGUUAUUUUGCUCACAGCCGGAGGGGUAACUGUAGGUGAGCCGAUGAGUGUUGACACUUCUCAGUCUGUAACUGGGAUUCCCAUUAGGUUCUCAUUGGAUGCCUACCCUUUCAGAAAAAAUCAUUAAGACCAAUAAGCAACAAGAACUGUGUACACUAUGGUUACAUGUCACCAAGCUGUUGGUCUUGUGUGACCAGGCUGGAUGCUACAGCACCAAGCUCAGAGCAUUUAGAGAAGUUGAGUGACAGGUUUUCAUGGGGAGAAGCUCUGUUGGUUGCCUUGCUAUUGUUUUCAUAGAUGCAAAGCAAAUAUGACAGCUUUUGCUGUCAACAGAAAUACUGUUACUCAGUUAACAUACCAUGCAAUUUGAUUCUUAAUGACUUUUCAAUUUGACAUAUUUCAAAUGUUUCUGUUCAUGACAAGAAGUAUAUUAUUUUCUGGCACCUUGACAAGCGAUCUGGCUCCAUAAAGGUCACUGGUUGUGUUAAUUACACAGGCCUGUCGGGAUUGAUGGAAAUGUGAAGUGAUAAUGUCACAAAUCAGGAGAACAAAUGAUCAUGAGUGGGUAAUGUACCAGUGAUUCAUAACCACAGGAAUCUGCAACCACAUCCUGUAAAUGCCAGACCAUAUACAUCUUUGCUGUGAAGUGAAGUGAACUCGUCACUCCUUGUGCUCACCGACCGCCUCUCAUUCAUUGGAAAGAGUUAUCAUAUUAGCUAAAUCACCUCACUACGUGUACAGUCUCAUAGAUAUUUAAAUAGAAUUGUUUGGCCCCUUGGCCCCCUUAUAUUAGUCGAAUGCCUUGGGUCAGAUUUAUGUACCGCAUGUCAGUAAUCAGUCAUAAUUUGGACUUGAGAGUUCAAGCAGAGGACUCCUAAGGCUAGGGGUGUUGGUGUACUCUGAGUCACCCUUCAGUACAGGUCACUCAGAAGAAUUCAGGUUCACCCCAGGAAGACUAGCUGUAGCCAUUGGUGUCGGCUAAUGGGGAUCCCAAAAUAAAUCUAAACCUCAGCCCCUCUAUGCUGACCUGAUGUUCCCACAUUGCCACAGCCCCCGCUACCCCAGACUGCUCUGAGCUCACACCUACUCACUGUCUGAGGCUGUCCUGCUCUGCUGGCCCAUUCGUCUGAGGACAGACCCAGACAUCUACCAACAUCACACUCGCAUUCCUCACUGACUGACUGACAUGCCUGGGAGGUGGACAGACUGCAGCAGAACCAAAAAGUUACUUUCACAUAGAUUUGAACAAACUUGACUGCUCCAGCCACGCCUGGAUUGUCUGUUUAGUUAGUUAUGGACUGUGCAUCAUCAGCAGGAAAUACCUGGCUGUUAGAAUCUGUUCCAUACUUUUUAGUUUAUUCCUUUGAUCUCGUUUAAUACCAGAUAAAGGCUACAUAAGUAGUUGGAAACUGUAUUGUAUGGUAUCACUUCAAUACCCAGUAAAUGAUUGAAGAAAGGUACCUGUCCAUAAUGUGUGUUAUGGAUAGUAAAAGCAACGUUUGUUUGUUUCACGAUAUUUCAUCAAAGGGGAUGAGCACAAUACAGAACAUUAUACUUUAUAGUAACUGUUAUUGCGUGACUGCAGGGCAAAUGCACUUACGAUAAGUGACCCUUUAUUCUUUUGUCCUCAACCAUGCUACUACAGUGUCUGUUCAGCGACCAAUAUGAUUUAGGAUAAUGUAUCCUUUUCAUUCUCAGGCUUCAAUGCAAGAAUUGACCACUCCCCCUGCCCUGCGCACAAACCCCACAUAUCACAAUAGCUUCACCUUUUCACGUCAUUGGCACAAAGUCCAGGGUUCAGAAAAGAAAAUGUAGUCUCCCAGGCUCCAAAACAAAUGCCAUUGAUGACACAAUGGAAACAGUUCUUUCUCCCUGCUUUAGAAAGCCUCUUACACACAGCACGUAGAAAGGCAGUCGUCUGCCUCUGUACAAACAGAAAAGAGGCUUCAGGUCUGUUAAGGAAGUCAAGGCCCGGAUGGAUUCCCUUCUCCCACAUUAUACUCUUUCAAGCCUUGUCUGGCUAAACCACACAAAACAUUCAGUUCUCUCAUUCUACUCCACUUCCUGCUGCUCAGCUGCCAGGUAUCACAACUAUUCAGCACAGCACAAUAUAACAUGUGGCAGAGGAAGAAAGCAACUGUUUUUACUUUAACUACUUCUAUUGUUAUUGGCGUUAUUGGUUACAUCAUAACUUGAGGGUAUUUGUCUUCUCUUCUAACGUGGUCUCUUUCUCUAUCCAGGAUGAACGUGAAGCCAGGGAAAUGGUGAAGAGGGAGCAGGAUGAGGCUUACCAACUGUCUUUAGAGGCUGACCGUAAAAAGGUUGGUCAUCAACUACAACACAAUGGCAUGGAUCCAUUCUCAUCAGAUAGAUGUUAGAGGGUUUUUAGCAUACGUUUUAGCAUCAACCUCAAGUGAAACAUUAAACAGAGCACAACUUUAAAGGGGAUACCCUUCUAUAAUCAUGUUAUGAUUGUGGCGAUUACUAUGUGUUGUAAAUGGUUAUUGUGAAACCACCCUGUAAACAGUCGCACGGUUGAUUGUUUGAUCACUGUUCAUAAUGGUUUGAUGUCGAAUGGGUGGAUGAAUAAAAAUAUAUUUCUGUUUCAGAGAGAAGCACAGGAGAGAGAGCAGGCAGAACAGCUUCGCAUGCAACAGAUCCAGAAAGAAGCAGAUGAUGAGAAAGAGGUGAGAACAUUAACCUCAUUAUUUCAUAUCACAUAAUGUUGUUUAGAGUUACAAUCAUUUCCUACUUAAAUAACUGAAAGCACGUGUUCACUUUGUUAGAUUUUAAUAACAUACAGUAUAUAUACACUACAUGACCAAAAGUAUGUGGACACCUGCUUGUCGAACAUCUCAUUCCAAAAUCAUGGGCAUUAAUAUGGGGUUGGUCCCACCUUUGCUGCUAUAACAGCCUCCACUCGACUGGGAAAGCUUUCCACGAGAUGUUGGAACAUUGUUGCGGGGGCUUCCAUUCAGCCACGAGCAUUUGUGAGGUCGGGUACUGAUGUUGGACAAUUAGGCCUGGCUCGCAGUCGGUGUUCCAAUUCAUCCCAAAGGUGUACGAUGGGGUUGAGGUCAGGGCUCUGAGCAGGCCAGUCAAGUUCUUCCACACCGAUCUCGACAAAUCAUUUCUGUAUGGACCUCGCUAUGUGCAUGGGGCAUUGUCAUGCUGAAACAGUAAAGGGCCUUCCCCAAACUGUUGCCACAAAGUUGAAAGCACAGAAUCGUCUAGGAUGUCACUGUAUGCUGUAGCGUUAAGAUUUCCCUUCAUUGGAACUAAGGGGCCUAGCCCGAACCAUAACAAACAGCCCCAGACCAUUAUUCCUCCUCCACCAAACUUUACUGUUUGCACUAUGCGUUGGGGCAGGUAGCAUUCUCCCGGCAUCCGCCAAACCUAGAUUCGUCCGUCGGACUGCCAGAUGGUGAAGCGAACGCCUUUCCACUGCUCCAGAGUCCAAUGGUGGUGAGCUUUACACCACUCCAGCCGAUGCUUGGCAUUACGCAUGGUUAUCUUAGGCUAGUGUGCGGCUGCUCGGCCAUGGAUGCCUAUUUCAUGAAGCUCCCAACAAACAGUUCUUGUGCUGACGUUGCUUCCAGUAGCAGUUUGGAACUCAGUAGUGAGUGUUGCAACCGAGGACAGGCGAUUUUUACACGGUACGCGCUUCAGCACUUGUGUGGCCUAUCACUUCGAGUCUGAGCCGUUGUUGCACCUAGACAUUUCCACUUCACAAUAACAGCACUUACAGUUGACCAGGGCAGCUCUAGCAGGGAAGGAAUUUGACGAACUGACUUGUUGGAAAGGUGGCAUCCUAUGACGGUGCCACAUUGAAAGUCACUAAGCAUUUCAGUAAGACCAUUCUACUUUUUUGUCUAUGGAGAUUGCAUGGCAGUGGGCUCAAUUUUUAUACACCUGUCAGCAAUGGGUGUGGCUGAAAUAGCCGAAUCCACUAAUUUGAAGGGGUGUCCACAUACUUUUGUAUAGUUUAUUUGAGUCUGUUUCUUGCUGCAUGUCCAUAUGUUGUUUGUGGAGUGUAUGCUAACAUGUGAUCCCCAUGGUGGAGGCAGUGAGACAGAGGAACAUGUACUAGUCUCUUGUGUGUACAGUAAGCCCUAUCCCUGUUAAGCUUGACAUACAGAGAUGUUAUUGUCCUGUUUAAAUGCCAUACAACACACAAGCUCAUAUUGAAACCAAGUGAACAAAAGGGGCAGCACAAAGCACGGUCGGACAAAGAAAAACAAUUAUGGCAGUGGGAACGCAGUGGUGGAUGCUGUAGAUAUAGCUCCUUUUAGCCAGCUGAUUGGCUAUUUACUCAGCAGCAAACUCCACAGACAGCAGGGAUCAGGUGAACCAGCUAGCUGAGAUGAUUUGUCACAUUAGUUAAACAGCCCCGGACAAAAGCCCUUUCUUUCCGGUCUUAAUUAUAUCACUGUAGUCCUCUAGCCCGUUGCCAUGGUUUCCUCUCCGCCAACCGACCCUGCUUGUAUGCAACAGUGUAGAUAUUCAGAAACAUGAUACCCAACAAUGGCCCCUCUGUUGUUUACAUCCAGUAUAUGCCACGUCGUUUUCCUUUACCUCAGACAGGCUUACCUUAUUGUGGCCCUAAAGGCUAAAGCAGGGGCAAACACAUACAUCAUCUAGUCAUUGACCUGACUUGUGUGUGACUGUAUCAGGUGUAUUUUCACCUGGUCAACUGUGUUUCACGUGUCUGGUUGUGUGUCUUCCUGGUCAAGUGUGAGGCAGGCAGGAGGCCCUGUGGUGUGUUUAAUGAUGAGAGUGGAGACUGAGAGAGACUGGUGGAUUCAGUAAUGAAGCCUCAAGGACAAGAGGGGCCCAACUCCCCACAACAGGAGAGACACACCAACAACCUGGAGGAAGACCACUAGUUAUAAACCACAGACGCACAUCAACACAUAUUAUACCACAACCAUAAUCACAUACAGUGAUGAGGUAAAGGGUGUUUUGUGUGUGUAUGACAGGCUUUCACAGGUUGUACAUCUUCACAGAUUACAUCUAGAUUUACGUCACGCGUUUUACAUACAGUUUGUACCUAUAUCAGAACUUCAUGACUCAUCACACAACUGUAACUGGCACUGGAACCUCACUCAGAUGUAUUUCUAGAGUUCAAACCACAGAUCUAGUUCCAGUUCGUUUCGCUCGAUCACCCACUACUACUGCUGUGGGUUGUCAGGUAGAAGGUUGGGAGAUAAUAAGCGGAGCCGGUGUGUCUUUAUGGCGUGUGGAGGAAGGAUAACAGCUGUCCCAACCAUUCAGAGUUGUGCUGCUUAUCCCUGGCUGCUCCAACGCCUCAUUUCUCUGACAUUGUGUGUGAGUAAACAAGGCAGCAUGGUGUCCCACACCUGGAGUCUAGCCAAGCACCCACCCCACCCACCCACUCAGCCGCCCUGGACUACACACUGUCUGUACCCACAGAACAGACCGCAAGUCUGCCUCACGUCUCCGGCUGUCUGCCCUGCACCACCCGUCACAAUGUCCAGCAGGCAGCAGGGAAACAAACCGCACAGUAGACCCACGAGUACAAGGGGGAAUGCAUUCUGUGAUUUUGUGUCUUUGUGUGGAGAGGGAGAUGAAAGGAAGAGGUAGGCAGAGGGGGGAGUGGUGAUGUCAUUAUUUACCGGUACCAGGGGCCUCAUGGUGCUCCUGUCAGGUGCGCACACUGCCCCUCCUCCCUGCCCCCUCCUGUGGUGGUGUUUGUUUUUUGCGGUGAGUGAUGAUGCUCCUGAGUGUUCUUUGUGCGGAGCAGGCCGUAAGUGAGGCGUGUACUCUGUGGCUUUCGAGACGCCACAGUGCAGUGUGCUGCAGCGGGGCCCUGGGGGGCCCUUUACCAGGCCCCUACCUGGGGAGCGCCUCCGGCACGCGCCCACUCAAAGCCUGGAGCUGCUAAUGAGCUACUGUUGUACACUUUUAUGAAAUAUAAUUGCAUUAUGGUUGGUAAAUAAAGCUGCCGUGUGUUGUCACAGCAUAUGCUACCCUCUGUCAAAACAGGAACAACAAGCUGGAGGGAAAGAGCCCUUGUGGGAGCAGCAGGUCCUGCUCUGUAACACUGGAGACCUGAUUAAUUUCCAUGCUGUUGAUGAGGCGACCCUAUUUGUUCGGGCCGUUAUCUAAUCUACCCCGGCACGAGUUAGCGCCGUACUGUAUGUCUUUAUGAAUGAGAUGCAAAGACUAGUCUACAGUGGCUUGCGAAAGUAUUCACCCCCCUUGGCAUUUUUCCUAUUUUGUUGCCUUACAACCUGGAAUUAAAAUGGAUUUUUGGGGGGUUUGUAUUUGAUUUACACAACAUGCCUACCACUUUGAAGAUGCCAAAUACUUUUUUGGGUGAAACAAACAAUAAAUAAGUUUAAAAAACAGAACUUGAGCGUGCAUAACUAUUCACUAUGUCUCUAUAACCUCUAUAAUCUAGCCACUGGGAUUUUUUCCCAUUCUUCAAGGCAAAACUGCUCCAGCUCCUUCAAGUUGGAUGGGUUCCGCUGGUGUACAGUAAUCUUUAAGUCAUACCACAGAUUCUCAAUUGGAUUGAGGUCUGGCCAUUCCAAGACAUUUAAAUGUUUCUCCUUAACCACUCGAGUGUUGCUUUAGCAGUAUGCUUAGGGUCAUUGUCCUGCUGGAAGGUGAACCGCCGUCCCAGUCUCAAAUCUCUGGAAGAAUGAAACAGGUUUCCCUCAAGAAUUUCCCUGUAUUUAGCGCCAUCCAUCAUUCCUUCAAUUCUGACCAGUUUCCCAGUCCCUGCAGAUGGAAAAACAUCCCCACAGCAUGAUGCUGCCACCACCAUUUGCGCCAGACAUAGCGUUGAUGGCCAAAAAGCUCAAUUUUAGAGUACCUUCUUCCAUAUGUUUUGGGAGUCUCCCACGUGCCUUUUGGCGAACACCAAACGUGUUUGCUUAUUUUUUUCUUUAAGCAAUGGCGCUUUUCUGGCCACUCUUCCAUAAAGCCCAGCUCUGUGGAGUGUAUGGCUUAAAGUGGUCCUAUGGACAGAUACUCCAAUCUCCGCUGUGGAGCUUUGCAGCUCCUUCAGGGUUAUCUUUGGUCUCUUUGUUGCCUCUCUGAUUAAUGCCCUCCUUGCCUGGUCCGUGAGUUUUGGUGGGCGGCCCUCUCUUGGCAGGUUUGUUGUGGUGCCAUAUUCUUUCCAUUUUUAAAUAAUGGAUUUAAUGGUGCUCCGUGGGAUGUUCAAAGUUUCUGAUAUUUUUUUAUAACCCAACCCUGAUCUGUACUUCUCCACAACUUUGGCCCUGACCUGUUUGGAGAGCUCCUUGGUCUUCAUGGUGCCGCUUGCUUGGUGGUGCCCCUUGCUUAGUGGUGUUGCAGACUCUGGGGCCUUUCAGAUCAGGUGUUUAAAUACACUUAGAUUGCACACAGGUGGACUUUAUUUAACUAAUUGUGACUUCUGAAGGUAAUUGGUUGCACCAGAUCUUAUUUAUGGGCUUCAUAGCAAAGGGGGUGAAUACAUAUGCUUUUCCGUUAUUUAUUUGUUAGAAUUUCACUUCACCAAUUUGGACUAUUUUGUGUAUGUCCAUUACAUGAAAUCCAAAUAAAAAUCCAUUUAAAUUACAGGUUGUAAAGCAACAAAAUAGGAAAAUAGCCAAGGGGGAUGAAUUAUUUUGCCAUGUUUUGGAAGAAGAGGCCAGAGGAAUUGAUGCCUUAUAAAUAGUAGUUUUAAAGUUCCCCUUUCUACCACAGUUUAUUGUUCCGUGAAACAAAGUGAAUCCAUGUCAUUAAUGUUGGUGUAAGCAAAUAAAUCACACUAACAAGUAAUUGUCCAACUGUGAAUAAUCACCCCCUUCUCUACCGAACACUAUGAUAUUUUUGUCCCUCCUCUUUGUUCAGGCCAUCCGCCUCUCAUUGGAGCAUGCCCUGCCCCCAGAGCCUGCAGAGGAGGGAGGAGAGCCAAUUAGCAAGCUGCGUAUCCGAACUCCCAGUGGAGAGUUCCUGGUGCGGCGCUUCCUGGGCAGCACCAAGCUGCAGGUCCUCUUUGACUUUGUGGCCUCCAAGGGCUACCCCUGGGAUGGCUUCAAACUGCUCACCACCUUCCCCCGCAGAAACGUGAGUAUUUAAAUUUUUAGGCAUAUCCAAAGCGACUUACAGUAGUGAGUGCAUACAUUUUCAUACUUUUUUCGUACUGGUCCCACGCGGGAAUUGAACCCACAACCCUGGCAUUGCAAGCGCCAUGCUCUACCAACUGAGCUACACGGGACCACAGUGUGUUAAGACUGUUCCUGCUGAGUACAGCCUUCACACACUGCAGUUCACACAGCUCAGACACAAAGCACAGCUCAUGCACAUACAUCAAUUCCGAGAGGCUUUUUAUUAGGGACGUAACGAUUCACCGAUAUGCAUCGGUCCCCGAUACAAAUGUUUAAGAUUACAAGUGCAUCGGACCACAAACCAAUUGAAAUGUAGCAUGCAUUGAUCAGAAAAUCUUUUUUUUUAAAUUUAUAUACACUACCGUUCAAAAGUUUGGGGUCACUUAGAAAUUCCAUGUUUUUGAAAGAAAAGCAAUUUUUUUGUCCAUUAAAAUAACAUAAAAUUGAUCAAAAAUACAGUGUAGACAUUGUUCAUGUUGUAAAUGGCUAUUGUAGCUGGAAACGGCUGAUUUUUAAUGGAAUAUCUACAUAGGCGUGCAGAGGCUCAUUAUCAGCAACCAUCAGUCCUGUGUUCCAAUUGAGUAUCUGGAGCAUCAGCAAUUGUGGGUUCGAAUACAGGCUCAAAAUGGCCAGAAACAAAUAAUUUUCUUCUGAAACACGUCAGUCUAUUCUUGUUCUGAGAAAUGAAGGCUAUUCCAUGCGAGAAAUUGCCAAGAAACUGAAGAUCACGUACAAUGCUUUGUACUACUCCCUUCACAGAACAGCGCAAACUGGCUCUAACCACAAUAGAAAGAGGAGUGGGAGGCCCCGGUGCACAACUGAGCAAGAGGACAAAUACAUUAGUGUCUAGUUUGAGAAACAGACGCCUCACAGGUCCUCAACUAGCAGCUUCAUUAAAUAGUACCCGCAAAACACCAGUCUCAACAUCAACAGUGAAGAGGCGACUCCGGGAUGCUGACCUUCUAGGCAGAGUUGCAAAGAAAAAGCCAUAUCUCAGACUGGCCAAUAAAAAUAAAAGAUUAAGAUGGGCAAAAGAACACAGACACUGGAUAGAGGAUGAUUGGAAAAGUGUUAUGGACAGACGAAUCGAAGUUUGAGGUGUUCGGAACACAAAUAAUAACAUUUUUUUGGAGACGCUGACCAAAUUAAAAGAUGCUGGAGGAGUGCUUGAUGCCAUCUGUCAAGAAUGGUGGAGGCAAUGUGAUGGUCUGGGGGUGCUUUGGUGGUGGUAAAGUGGGAGAUUUGUACAGGGUAAAAGGGAUCUUGAAGAAGGCUAUCACUCCCUUUUGCAAUGCCAUGCCAUACCCUGUGGACAGAGCUUGAUUGGAGCCAAUUUCCUACUACAACAGGACAAUGACCCAAAGCACAGCUACAAACUAUGCAAGAACUAUUUAGGGAAGAAGCAGUCAGCUGGUAUUCUGUCUAUAAUGGAGUGGCCAGCACAGUCACCGGAUCUCAACCCUAUUGAGCUGUUGUGGGAACAGCUUGACCGUAUGGUACGUAAGAAGUGCCCAUCAAGCCUAUCCAACUUGUGGGAUGUGCUUCAGGAAGCAUGGGGUGAAAUCUCUUCAGAUUACCUCAACAAAUUGACAACUAGAAUGCCAAAGGUCUGCAAGGCUUUAAUUGCUGCAAAUGGAGGAUUAUUUGACGAAAGCACAGUUUGAAGGACACAAUUAUUAUUUCAAUUAAAAAUCAUUAUUUCUAACCUUGUCAAUGACUGCAUUUCCUAUGCACUUUGCUAUAUUUCCUAUUCUAACUCAUUUCAUGUAUGUUUUCAUGGAAAACAAGGACAUUUCGAAGUGACUCCAAACUUUUGAACGGUAGUGUAUAUUACGUUCUUUCUAACUUCCGAAAAUAACUCAUAUUUUGUGACAACUGAUGCAUCCCCUCCUUUAGUGUCAAACUGCAUGUAGGCCUAACUGUGUUGACAGUCAUUGAUCUACAAGUCAUUUUGCAUGCAGAACAACCCCAGGCAAUAUCAGUAGCCUAGCCUAGUCAAACUGAGCACUGUGCCCAGCUUCGCACACUGACCAACGCGAGGUAGGCGGCCUGUUCUUGAUCUUGCACAUCUGCGCGUCACCUUCAGCAUUCAAAUGCUAAAAUGGCUUGCGUGAUAUUAGGUUUUAUUAGUUGAGUAACAACCUAUGUAAUUUGCUAGGUUAUCUAUGCGCUGUUGAAAAUUGUGUUUUCCAGAAUAAAAGUUAGAUACCGGAGACAAAAAACAGGCUGCAUUGCACCCCCUAAUCUGAUAGUGGUAGUGGGGUGGUGGUAGUGGGGUGGUAGAUGCCUAGUCUCCCUUAUAUUAUAACAAUAAUUAGGUGGGUGCUUACAUUUGUCCUAUUUCACACAUAUACAAGUGUGUAUUAUACACGUGUGAAUUGGACAUUUAGUUUUUUUGCAUAUCCCACUCCCUGAGACACCCUCGGAGAGUGGGGUAACGGCCAGGGAUCAGACAUUAUUGACGACGAUCCUGGAGCAAUUAGGGUUAAGUGCCUUGCUGAAGGGCACAUGGACAGAUUUUUCACCUAGUCGGCUCGGGGAUUCGAACCAGCGACCACCACCCAAAGGACAUCCAGCCAACUUGACACAACUGUGGGAAGCAUUGGAGUCAACAUGGACCAGCAUCCCUGUGGAAUGGUUUUGACACCUUGUAGAGUCAUGCUCCGACGAAUUGAGGCUGUUUCUGAGGGCAAAAUGUGGGGUGGGGGGGGGGGUGCAACUCAAUAUUAGGAAGGUGUUCCUAAUAUUUCGUAUACUCAGUGUACAAUCAUUUACACACACACACCAAACACACACACACAGACAGAAGUCAGCUCAGAGGCCCAGGUCAUGAGCUCCAUCAGCAGCAACAAAUGUUAGUGCAUCGUAUCGCAUUGAACCGAAUCGCAUUGAUUUGUUCUCUAAUCACACCGAAUCAUUUCUAACUAAAACGGAUCGUUCCUGUAUUGUAUCGGAGUCUUUGUAUCUAGAUAUGUAUCGAAUCAUCUUGAACAGGAAAGAUGCACAUCCCUACUUUUAUAAGUCUAUAACUAAUGACCAUUAUUUAACUCUACAGUAUGUUUAGCUUUCUUUGCUCAGUACCUCUAGUUCGCUAACUAUAGAUACUAAGCAGUGAUCAUAAACUCAGCAGCCUGCUCAGUGGUCCUGAUUUGUAAUGUAACAUCUCUGCAGGAGAAAUCCACAGUAAUAAUUGGCUCACCCCUGCAAGUGGCUCGUUUGUUGCUCAUCUCAAUCCCCAGUGUCCAGAGAGUGUGACUAUUCAGAUAGUUAGAGGAUUGCUGUAUAAUUAAAAGCCAUGGUGGGCUAAUGAGAAAUGUAUUUUUUUUGUGUGGGUGAGUGUGUUUUGACUUCUAUCCACAAGUGCAUUUAUAAUUUGGUGAAUAUUAAUUAGGAGCCAGUACGUAUGCACAAAAGAGCACUGGCUACUUAGGAUACAGUCAACAGUAUUCUCCUCGGUCGGUUCCUCUGCAGCCGCGGUGCACGGCGCUGCACCGACUGGAGUUCUCCUCCCAGUAAUUAGAGCUGUUGGCCACGCUCUGCUCUGUGCUGUGGCAGGUAGCUAAUGAGCACAAUUUUAACUACCUGCUUAAUUAGAGUGGUGGAAACAAAAUGGGAUUUCCAUUAAUCAAGGGGAGUGUGUGUGUGUGUGUGCAGGCCUGCCCAGACAGCCUGCCGUCCAGGUCUGUAGGGAACAUGGGGGUACAAACACUUCUCUCUUGCUAACUCACACUCGCGCACACACACACUUAUACACAUGCGCACACUAGACACAUACAGUACACAAACAUUCACGCACAUACAAAUGCACACACACUCAGGUGGGCACACAUGCGUUCAUCUAUUCAAGCAUAUACAUGCCCUAUUCACAACAUCUUUUGCACACUUUAAAAUCCAAGGAUUCACAGUUUUGUCUUCAGAAUUAGAGAAAGUAAACAAGUGUUUCAGGCAAAGAUAAAAAUGUCUUCAUCUCCAAUGAAAUUCCAGUAGAGACGUGCGGCAGAGAGAGGAGAGUUUAUGGGACUGUCCCAAAUGGCACCCUGUUCUCUAUAAUAUCAUGCACUACUUUUGACCAGAGCCCUAUGGGCCCUGGUCAAAAGUAGUUCACUACAUAGAAAAUAGGGUGCCAUUUGGGACAUCGCCUUGCAGAAUGUGCCAGUGUGUUUGUGAAUCUGAACAGUGCCCAGUCCGUCUAAUCCUCCAGCUCUCCUCUCUAAUUAAAAGGAGCCUCAAUCUCCCCCCAAGACGCUCCCACUGUUGCUCUGCUCGGAUUAGCGGAUGCACCACUAUUGCAUUUGUGAUACACCACAAAUGUUUAAACUUCAUCUCUCCUUCCUUCCCCUGCAUGACAAUUUAAGAUAAUUGCCAGCAAUAAGAAAGCAAUUAAGUGCAAGAUGAUUAAACAGAUAUAAAAUAAAAUGCAUUGCUGACUUUAUACUUUUGUUUCUUUGGCUGCUUGUUAGUUAUUGGGGAAGUUAAAUGUUUUGCUCUUUGCUUCAACAUUUCUCUUCAAACGCACCAGAACCAGUAUGUACUGUGUAUGUGGUCUAGAUGCUUAGUUGUUCCAGUCGUGAGUUAACUUAGUUCAGUCUACCCAACAUGUUUUAGACCCCCAAACAUUGUCUGCACAGGAUAUUUUUCUUCACGUUGUGAUACUGUACUUUGUGCCAGGUUUUACCUUACCCUAAUUGAUGUUCCAGGUUUCUGAAAAUGAAAUGUUUGAACAGUACCAAUGUGUAGAAUGAUUUAGUUAGAACUCUAGAUUUAGGAAAAAUAAACAAUGAAAUGAUCCUUGUUUCCAACUGAACUAGACAUCACAUCUGCACCACUUGGUUUAUUUCAAGUCUGAAACAGUGAAAUGCACAGGAAGAACAAUUGCAGUUUAUUGAUAUAGUCCCAAAAUUCAUACUCUUUCCCCAAAAGUCUUUCCACAAUAUCCUCUCCCACCUAUAUGACUACAUGUGGGAUAUAGUUCCAAAGGUUCAUGUAGGUUAUAGCUCUGAUUCCAGUAGCUCUUAUCAUUUUACAUUUUUAGUCAUUUAGCAGACGCUCUUAUCCAGAGCGACUUACUGGAGCAAUUAGGGUUUGGUGCCUUGCUCAAGGGCACAUCAACAGAUGUUUCACCUAGUUGGCUUGGGGAUUCGAAACAGCGACCUUUCGGUUACUGACUCAACGCUCUUAACCGCUAGGCUACCUGCCCCCCACAGUCCUGUACAUGCAUACUGUACUCAGUCUCACACUGUAUGCACUGUUUGUGUGGGACUGGUGUUUGUGUUGGCUCUGCUCUAGACAGCAUAUAGGGGACUUGUGAGAGCAGAUUGCUUCCCUGUUCCAGAGAAGUUAAAAGCUCAGGGCCUGUUCCCCUGGGGAACGGCAGCCCCCCUUUUCUCCCUCUCUCCAGGCCGCGGCGGCCCACUUUGAAGUGGGUUGUUCACGCCCCGGCUCUACGUGUUGUCAUCGUUCCUGGAAGCACAUAAUGAUCUCCCACUGCUUUUGUAAUUGGCCAAAUAAACACUUGACAACACAAGUUUAAAACAGACAAGCUAUUUGGUUUGAAUUAACAUAGAACCUAAAUGGCUUCAUAAAAAAAAUUGUUAUUUCAGCUGCAGGUUUGAUUAUGUUGGAAACUGACAUCUUGAGACGGGUGUUUAUUUUUUCACUCUCCUCAAGUUAUCAAAUGUGUUUUAUUCAUACUAAUGAAGUGAUUUGCAAUAUUUAUUUUUACUUCAACUUAAGUGUUAAUUAUGUUAAGCACGAUAAUCAUAACACUGAAGACAAUGACAUGGAGUUAAUACAUUAUUUUGUGAGAUAUGAUAGUAGAUUCUCAAACACAUAUAAAGAAAUGUUCCUACUAGUCCUUCACUAGAGAUUGGAAGUAGAGAUUCAACAUUAUCUCAAAUAAAAUCUAUAAAUUAUACUUAGUGGGAGUGUGGAACAUCCGAUGGUAGGCAUGACAUUUCUUGUGCAUUAUAUUCUUUAUACAACCCACAUUGAUGUUCACACACUGAAACCUCAGUAGUCCUUGUGUAACUUGCAUAAGUAGUGUUCAUGAAUGAGCUUAUUUUAGCCAUAGACCAACAUUUGCCUUUUCGUUUUAAUUUGAUGGAAAACAUAGAUAGUUUUAGAUGACAUAUUGGCAGUAGUAGUGGGUCUCUCAAGCAAGGUGGCAUGUCUUUCUACUCCGUUUGUUUGGCCACUGUGUGAGGCCUGUCAGGAUGAGUGUGUGUGAUGGGGUUAGAUGAUCCAGGUCGCAGUUGUAAAUGAGAACUUGUUCUCAACUGGCUUACCUGGUUAAAUAAAGGUAAAAUAAAAAAAUGAUUAUCCACCAUCAACAUAAUCAAGCACUAGAGAAAACACUGCUGCUACGGAUUCAACCAUAAUCUUCAAAACACUUCAAAUGACCUUCCAUAGACUGAUGCUGGACUGUCAUGUUGUGUGCCAAACACCUAGAUGGUUUAUCUACUACACUAAAAUGUAAUUGGAAGUCAUACAGUACAGUUUAAAUGCUUGUGUAUUGCCUAUAUCAUAGAGCUGUUCGUUGAUAAGAUUGUUUUGUUGGCCAUACCAUGAAUAAUGUAGGCCUUUGUAUGUUUGUGUGUCUGGCUCUGCCCGGCUGCUGUAUGUGUCAGGAAGGGGAGAAGAGAAUUCAUCGGCUAUAGGGAGAGCCAGACAGUGAAAACAUAGAGAGGGUAUCGCGACGCAGAGUGGAGAGGAAAACAACAGCUUUGUUUGUUGACAGAUGCCUCAAUGCUUAUGGUCUCUUAAUUGGAUAACAAUGUAAACAAUCACUGAUGGCGCUUGUCUCCUGUGUCAGUGUGGCAUCUUGUUUCUCUACUUUAUUUUUGGAGUCAGAUGCUCUCCCCUCCCCCCGUCAACCCACACACACACACACAGCCACACCUGCUCCUCCCUAAACCCCAAUUUACUCAUACCUGAUGCUGUGGUGUCAUAACAGCCUGUCAGGUUCAUUAGCAUAGCUGGCAUUUGUGAAAUACUGAGCAAAAGGUGGGGGGAAAAAGGUGUUUGGAAAAUUUUUUUCUUUUUUAAAUAUUUUUUUAUAUAUUUUUUUGUUGUAAUUUAGCAGACGCUCUUAUCCAGAGCGACUUACAGUUAGUGAGUGCAUAAAUUUUUUCAUACUGGUCCCCCGUGGGAAUUGAACCCACAACCCUGGCGUUGCAAGCGCCAUGCUCUACCAACUGAGCUACACGGGACUACACCAGUCACCCGUUGGGAUGUAAUCUGUUAGCAGCACACCAUCUUGCUUUCCCCUGGCUGCGGUGCAUUGUGUAGGUUGACGUGACACCCCCUCCCUGUGGUGCCUUACGAGCUCAGGUCAUGCUGGGGAGUGAGGAGCCCUAAUGACAGGAGAAAUGAGUAUGAGGACGUGAAGUCAAAGAGCCUCCAUUGGUGUGACAUUUCCCCCUUCCUCUGGGAAUAGCUGUGUUUGCUGAGUUAAUUCUUGCUCCUCUUUGAACUCCCGGCAUCAUACCUUUGAAAUUAUGUAGCUCUAUUGAAGGUUAGGUUUUGAUGACUCAAUGAUCAUUGGAAAUAUGACUCAUUAGGAAAGACGACUCAUUAUUUAUAUUGAGGGAAGAUUUGUUUAUUACCACAUCUGUGUGGUAGAACAGAAGAACCAUGAGACGUCAAAUCAGGGAGUAGGAUCAGCCUGCAGCAUAACAGGCACACUACAUACAAAUUCAAUGGCGAACCGGGCAGGACAACUGACAACUGCAGGGAUUACUUGCCCAGCCAGAGCAGUGAUUGAGAGAGAUUUGUCAGGAUAGUUACAGAGCAAACUCGGACUCCAUGGUGAGAGGAGAGGUGGGUGUUUGACUUGGUUUCAGCGAUCAUGUUUCAGCCUCCUCAAAGGUCUUCCAGCCAUCACAUCAUCCAGCAGUGUUUCUCCACCUAAUCCGUCUUUGUGAUGAUGGUCUCAUCAGUGUGAGGUGAACUCAGACCUUCUUGCACUGGUUGUCUGAGGCCUGCUAGUUAAUUACCACCCCAGUGAUCAUAAUAGGAGGUCUAAUCAGAGGCUGUCACCACAGGCAGCAGAUAAGCCCUGGCCUGGCCCCCACGUCACAGUAGACAGAGGGCCCAGGUGUGAGGACGGGGAUGACGGGCCUAUGUAACAGGACACUCCCGGUGAUUAACCCUCGUAAGCUAGUAGGCUGGGUUGUCUCAUGUUAAACAACAUAGGUUACCCGUGUGUCAACAUGGCUAACGAAAUUAGCUGCAUUAUGGGUGGCAAUGCAUUAUUACGAUCUUGCUCUGCCGGUGCCCUCAACCUGGAUUUGAGUGAUGAAUAUUUUGAUGCUUAUUGAUACUGUAUACACUACCGUUCAAAGGUUUGUGGUCACUUAGAAAUGUCCUUGUUUUCGAAAAGAAAAGCAAUUUUGGGGUCCAUUAAAAUAACAUCAAAUUGAUCAGAAAUACAGUGUAUUUUAAAAGGCUAAUUGAUCAUUAGAAAACCCUUUUGCAAUUAUGUUAGCACAGCUGAAAACUGUUGUGCUGAUUAAAGAAGCAAUAAAACUGGCCUUCUUGAGACUAGUUGUGUAUCUGGAGCAUCAGCAAUUGUGGGUUCGAUUACAGGCUCAAAAUGGCCAGAAACAAAUAACUUUCUUCUGAAACUCGUCAGUCUAUGCUUGUUCUGAGAAAUGAAGGCUAUUCCAUGUGAGAAAUUGCCAAGAAACUGAAGAUCUCGUACAACGCUGUGUACUACUCCCUUCACAGAACAGCGCAAACUGUCUCUAACCAGAAUAGAAAGAGGAGUGGGAGGCCCCGGUGCACAACUGCGCAAGAGGACAAAUACAUUAGUGUCUAGUUUGAGAAACAGAUGCCUCACAGGUCCUCAACUGGCAGCUUCAUUAAAUAGUACCCGCAAAACACCAGUCUCAACGUCAACAGUGAAGAGGCGACUCCGGGAUGCUGACCUUCUAGGCAGAGUUGCAAAGAAAAAGCCAUAUCUCGGACUGCCCAUCUUAAUCUUUUCUUUUUAUUGGCCAGUCUGAGAUAUGGCUUUUUCUUUGCAACUCUUCCUAGAAGGUCAGCAUCCCGGAGUCGCCUCUUCACUGUUGACGUUGAGACUGGUGUUUUCAGGUACUAUUUAAUGAAGCUGCCAGUUGAGGACCUGUGAGGCGUCUGUUUCUCAAACUAGACACUCUAAUGUAUUUGUCCUCUUGCGCAGUUGUGGUCCGGGGUCUCCCACUCCUCUUUCUAUUCUGGUUAGAGACAGUUUGAGCCUUUUAAAAUGAUAAACUUGGAUUAGGAAACACAACGUGCCAUUGGAACACAGGACUGAUGGUUGCUGAUAAUGGUCCUCUGUACGGCUAUGUAGAUAUCCCAUUGUAGCCGUUUCCAGCUACAAUAGCCAUUUACAACAUUAACAAUGUCUACACUGUAUUUCUGAUCAAUUUGAUGUUAUUUUAAUGGACAAGAAAAUUGCUUUUCUUUCGAAAACAAGGACAUUUCUAAGUGGCCCCAAACCAUUGAACGGUAGUGUAUGUCUCUUUAAUAUUACCAUCUACCUUAUGUCUUUGUGUUUGGUCAUUCAUUCAGUAGGCAAAGGUGGUUAGUUUAUGGUCGUAACACACAUCGUUCAAGGCAGGUCCUUGUAGAAACCACAGCAGUUGGAAGCCUUAGAAAAACAGAAAUGAUCAAUCUCUCUGGGAAACGCAACGCUGGCCACCGGAACAGAGAUGAUCAGAUUACUGCCUCACCUUCCCAGCGUUUCCACUUGAUGAUGUAGCUAAGAGACAUACCCCAAGCAGAGGCCAUGCUAACACCUUUCCAGUACAUCUGUUUGAAUGGCGUACAUUGGAACGUUCACUUUUGUGGACGUGUCCCAAAGUACACAGAAAGAAGUGUUCAAUGAUAUAAAGAUUAAGAAUUGGACUAGUUGAUCAUUUGUACUUUUUACAUGCAGUGAAAGGUCACUUCCAACUUGAGCUAGAACAAGGACUUGUGUAAUGACUGUGUCAUGUAUCCUGUAUGAAUGUGUCCUCUUCUCAUGCUUCUCUUGUUCUCUUUCUCUGCAGAUCACCCAGCUAGACCCAGCCUCGUCUUUACUGGAGGCCAAGCUUUUCCCGCAGGAGACCCUGUUCCUGGAAGCUAAAGAGUAG